AAAUAGCAGAGGUUCUCAAAAUUCACUAGUUAAAUUCUAUUUAAGAAAAUAAAAGCCAGUUACACAAACAGCUGUAACCAUAAGACACUGGCAAUCUGUAUACACAUUUGUCUUAACUGAAGGUUAAAAGUUGAGUGAAUAUUUCAAAAGUAGAUUUUGUGAUAGUGAAAAUUUGCCCCUUAAUAGCAGAGGUUCUCAAAAUUCACUAGUUAAAUUCUAUUUAAAAAAAUAAAGGCCAGUUUGUGAAGCAGCUUUAACUAUAAGACACUGGCAAUCUGUAUACACAUUUGUCUUAACUGAAGGUUAAAAGUUGAGUGAAUUUGUUAAAAAGAAAUUUUACAAUAAUGAAAAUCUGGCCCUAAAUAGCAGAGGUUCUCAAAAUUUACUAGUUAAAUUCUAUUUAAAAAAAUAAAGACGAAUUUCACAAACAGCGGUAACCAUAAAAAACUGGUAAUCUUUUAUACACAUUUGUCCUACCUGAAGGUUAAAAGUACAAUAAAUUCUGCACAUAAAAAUCUGGACCUGAAUAAUAGAAGUUCCCAAAAUUUAAUUAACAGCCAGUUUAGGCCCCGUUUAUUAAUCUUCAGAUAAACUUGCUGGUGGGCGGAUAACUGGCUAACCAAUGGGAUUACAAAUGGCGUUUUUAUUUGUCAUUCUGCAUACCUGACAGUUAAAUAAACCGGCCCUUAGGACCAAAUUAUGGACCGACUGGUAACAUUGUUGGCACUUUUAUUAUUUUAUUAAAAAUCUGGCCUAAAGGGAUUAAAGUAAAACAAACUUGAUUUUUAUUUGAUCUUAACAAUAAAUACUAAUAUUUUCUAUAAAUCUGACAUACAAUUCCAAAUAAAAAGUUGCUUGUAGAAGGGGGACAAUAAUUGUCUAGAAUUUUCUAAAAAUUCACCCCAAAAACUACCGAAAAAUAAUUCAAAAUAUACUUACAUGUUUAUCUUGAAGAAUUUUCACCGAAAUUGAUUAGAAAAACUGGAAAACUAAAGGAAAAAGCCUGGACAAGAAUAUUUUGAGACAAACUUCCCAAACAAUACAACAAAUUUGACACAAAUGACUGUCAAUAGCAAAAGAAAAAAAAAUGGCCGAAAUUACAGAAAUCUACUUAUUUCUGUCUUUUUAAUGCUAGAAUUUGCUAAAAUAUACUCUUAAAAUAUUGUCAAUUUGGGACUCAAACAACAAAUUCCAUUUGUGAUUGUCAGUUAUAAGACUACAUAAAAGGAAAAAUGGUCAAAAUUAUCAAAAUCUACUAUUUUUGUUUAUUGUCAUAUUCAUAUCAUAGAUGGCGCCACAGGUUCAAGUCCUAUUUACACCAGUGUUUACUGUUUUUUUUUGCUUAAAUAUACUUAAAAAUGUUACCAACAAUACAAAGAAUACAAAAUAACUGAACAAAAUAAUUACAGAAAUUUGCUUUGGAUAAAACAGCUGGCGGCCUUCAAGACAAACUAAUAAAUCAAUCGAAAGUCCAUAUCGACAAACAAGGACAACCUCAAGCGGAAACGGACACGUGCAAGAGAGAAACAACAACAGCAAAAUCAAAGAUGGCGAAACGGGAAGAAAAAUCGCCAAGUGGGGUAUAAUUUUCCCCUGAUUUUCACGGAAACCACCGCGAAAAAUCCAUAAAAAAAAUACGGCAAUAAUGACCGCGUAAAGCCAAAGGGGCCCGAAUUACGCGCGACGAAAGUGCGAGCCGGAAAUUUCCCCGUGGGGUGAUGAUUUCGGGCCAUGGGGGCGCAAAAUACGAAAGAACGGGCCCCCGUCGGUCCACCGGGCGGUCAUCAUUCCAUUAGGGCCGCGAGAAACCGACCGAAAUUGUUGAAAGAUGGACGACAGAAUAUUUCCAAUAUUUUUACAGAGCACAGCGAAAUUCUCCUUCAAAGCCGACCACUGCCGCACAUCCCGAGCCUGCCCGAAUCCGACCCACCGUCGAGCGGAUCCGGAACAGGCUCCACGCUCUCUUCUAAUGCUGCAGGAAGUGGAGCCGGUGCUCCGUCGACUCCACUUUCAGCUCUGGAAACCGCCAACAGGUGGACCUCCAAAGAGAAUCUUUUGGCUCAAGAAGAGGACGAUCCUCAGCUGUUUGUCGCUCUCUAUGAUUUCCAAGCAGGUGGAGAAAAUCAACUUAGUUUGAAGAAAGGAGAACAAGUCAGAAUACUCAGCUACAAUAAAAGUGGCGAAUGGUGCGAAGCACAUUCCUCUUCGAAUUUAGUCGGUUGGGUACCAUCCAAUUACGUCACGCCUGUCAACAGUUUGGAAAAGCAUUCAUGGUACCAUGGGCCAAUAUCCAGAAACGCUGCAGAGUAUUUGUUGAGUUCAGGUAUCAAUGGGAGCUUUUUAGUAAGGGAAUCUGAAAGUAGUCCCGGACAAAGGAGUAUUUCGUUGAGAUACGAGGGAAGAGUUUAUCAUUAUAGAAUAAAUGAAGAUCCAGAAGGUAAAGUUUACGUCACAGCAGAAAGCAAAUUCAACACCCUAGCAGAACUAGUGCACCACCACUCAAUGCUGUCAGAUGGUCUAAUCACCCAACUCCUCUAUCCCGCUCCCAAGCACAACAAACCAACUGUAUUCCCUCUCAGUCCGGAACCGGACGAAUGGGAAAUCAACAGAACGGAUAUCGUAAUGAAACAUAAAUUAGGUGGAGGUCAGUAUGGGGACGUUUACGAAGCAGUAUGGAAAAGAUACAACAUGACUGUGGCAGUUAAAACCCUAAAAGAAGACACAAUGGCCUUAAAAGACUUUCUAGAAGAAGCUGCCAUAAUGAAGGAAAUGAAACAUCCAAAUUUAGUACAACUAAUGGGAGUUUGCACCAGAGAACCACCAUUUUAUAUAAUAACAGAGUUUAUGAGCAAAGGAAAUCUUCUGGAUUAUUUGCGCAAUGGCAACAAAGACCAAAUCGACGCAGUAGUACUGAUGUACAUAGCAACCCAAAUCGCCAGUGGUAUGAGUUACUUGGAAAGCAGAAACUUUAUACAUCGCGAUUUGGCUGCCAGGAAUUGUCUCGUUGGCGAAAAUCAUUUAGUCAAAGUGGCCGAUUUCGGAUUGGCCAGGCUGAUGAGGGACGAUACUUAUACUGCACAUGCAGGUGCAAAAUUCCCAAUAAAAUGGACAGCACCCGAAGGCCUGGCCUACAACAAGUUCAGCACAAAAAGUGACGUUUGGGCUUUCGGCAUACUGCUGUGGGAAAUUGCCACCUAUGGCAUGUCACCCUAUCCGGGAGUUGAUUUAACUGACGUCUAUCACAUGCUGGAAAAAGGCUACCGCAUGGAAAUUCCGCCGGGUUGUCCGCCGAAAAUCUACGAAUUGAUGCGCCAGUGCUGGCAGUGGCACGCCAACGACCGGCCCACCUUCAAAGAGUGCCAUCACGCUUUGGAAAAUAUGUUUCAGGAAUCCAGCAUUAUUGAAGAAGUGGAGAAGCAGUUGCAAGGCAACAUGUUGCCGCCCCCAGUAGGACUAGGUACGCCACAUUUCAACAAAAAAUCUGGUCAGCAUUCAGGCAGUACUGGCAACUUACAUGGACUUGUGGAUACAGAUAAUUUGCUUAGUAGUAUGGCUACUAAACUGACCACUUUUACUGGAGGCAGUUCCAAAAGUAGCUUGGUGCAAAUGCGCAGGACUACGAACAAAAAGGGCAAAACUGCUCCUGCCCCACCGAAAAGGACCAGCCUCCUGUCUUCUUGCAGUUCGUUUCGGGACAGUACUUUUGAUGAUCCGCACCAAGAUCAGCCAGGUCAUAACGAAGAGGGAAACGAGUUGAAUGGUCUGACUAGAGAAUUGCAAAAUUUGACUGCCAGUACCCGUGGGGCAGAUAGCGAAAAUGAAUUCCAGGACCAAACUCCAGACACAGAUGACUCAGGAGCUCAUUCCUAUCCAGAAGUGUCUGCGGCUGGAAACAGCUUGGGAGGAGGAGGAUUGGGUUCAUUCAAGCGAGUACCCAUUAUGGGUAAUAGAGGUUUGGAACAAAGAGGCAAGAAAACUGCUAAAAGCAAAGAAUUGCCCGCGGUGCAAGUUGCCGCAUUAGAAGUCCAAAAUGUACGAAAAGCAAUCAGCAGAUAUGGGACUUUGCCUAAGGGAGCGCGAAUAGGGGCCUAUUUGGAAUCGCUAAGGCAAAGCAACAUGUCUACCAAUGAGGAAAACGCUAGUCAAAGUAUUACAACCGGGGAGUCUUCUGAAACAACUCCUAGGUCGUUGUCACCUAGAACCAACAUCCGAGCGCAACCCCAAAUGAUUAGGAGCAACUCUUCAAGUGGGGUGACUGCGUUCCAUGCCACUCACCCUCCUAGUUCGCCCACUUCAUCGAAAUUAUCUAGAAAUAGGAAUUUAACAAGAAAUAACACGGACAACCUCCGCUCGAGCCUGCGCACAUUCAAAGCACCACCCACUUCCUCUUUCCGUACGCCUAGCGGCGGUAGCCCUUCUCGCUCAGUGCCGCCCCCUACUCUUGCCGAUCUCGAAUUUCCGCCGCCUCCUACAGACCUACCGCCACCCCCAGAAGAAUUUGACGGCUGUGACGUUGACUGUCACAUGACCGUGAUGACGUCAUCGGGCGGCGAUUUGAGGCAGAAGAAGAUCGUCCCUAUGUCACCAAUGUUGCCCAGCAAGAAGUUGAACAGGGAAACGUUGGAGUGUUGCGGGGAGGCAGAUGUGAUGACGUUGCAGCCCUCAGUCGAGGAGGCUAGUAGCAGGUUUGGUGUGAGCUUAAAACGUCGCGAACUGUCUUCAGACAGUUGCAGCAGUCUUAAAGAACCUCAGAAAAGUCCGGACGAGGUGGACUCGGCUGUUGGUUCGCCUUUGGAACCUAUGCCACCACCGCCACCACCUCCUUUACUAUGCCCUGACGAAGAAGAUAAUAACCGGAUGUUUAGGAACAAAAUGGUUAAGAAAGAGAUGGAAUUGAAACUGGUGGCUGAAAUAAAAGAGAGGGCCGAUCAAAAGUUGGGUGGCGGUAGGAAGGAUUUUGUUGUGGGCGAUCCUUUUUUGGCUGUGAGUGGUGUUAGCCACGACGAUCCUGUUUCUCAAUUAGUGACUGAAUUAUCUCAAUCAUUGAAUAUGGAAAAGGAAUUGAUGAGGAAAAAUUCGGCAACGAAAGACACCAAUGGCGUCAGUUAUGUUUCACAAUUGAAAAAAGCAGUAAUAACUGAAUCAAAACCAUUGACCAAAGAAAAGAGCGAAGUAGGUGAUACUAAUCUAAUAAUCGACUUUAAAUCUAGACUGAGAAAAGUUGAUAACGAAAAGGGCAAUACAAAGAAAGACAGUGGUGACCAAGACAACGACCCAUGUACUGACCUAUCAUCAUCGACCAAUAACAAGAGAGAAAGUACAGCGAGCAACGACAGCAACACAAAUCUAAAAAUCCAAGACGACUUAGACGACAAUAACAAGAGAAAAAGCACUGGCAGUAUAAGUAGUUUGAAAAAAUUGUGGGAAGCCAAAGACACUGUAGACUAUGGCAGUUGUGUACAAUUAAGCCCCAAAUUAUCAAUAAAAAGUAGUAGAAGUGCAGGAGAAGAAUCGCCUGUAGAAAACUCAGACGAUUCAGUCAAAAUGGAAAGAAGUGGAGGAUCUGAAAAAUCAUCAAGUAAAUCUGAUACUGUCAAAAAAACCUGGAGCGAAGAAAAACCUCUCAUUCCAACCAAGCCUCCAUUAAAACCAAUCAAACCAAUGGUACCACGAAGCAGUGCUGCCAUCUACGCUACCCCAAUCGCACCAAAACCUCCCAUUUCAACAAAACCAAUUAGUACCGAUAACAAAAGCCCUAGUGACGAAGAACCUUCAAUUGCUACCCCAAUCACUGGCAAAGAAAGUAUUCUAGAAAUAUCUCAAGCUUUAGAGGGAACUUUAAACAGUAUUAGAACCACUCCAUCUAUUUCAACUGCUACUUGGCUACAGCUCUCAGACAAAAUAGGCCUUUUGCACGGUUCCUGCAUGGAUUACGCCGACAACGUUGUACCGGCUCAUACCAAGUUCCAGUUCCGCGAGUUGCUCACCCGUUUGGAACUGCAAGGUAGGCAAAUGCGCUCUGCCAGUACCAGGAAUCAAAGCGAAAAUUCUAGAUAUAUUGCUGAAGUGAACAAUACUAUAAGGGAUGUUGUGAAUGUGGUGUUUCGAUAAGAGAAAUUGGAGGCUGAAUGAUGAAUAAAUAGUACCUAUACAAUCCAUAAUACAUUAUUUAUAAUAAUUAUUCCUUAUGUACUGGACUAAAAAACUAUUAAGGACCAUUUCUUUUGUGCUUUCCAAAAAUAACACUAAUAGUCGAUUGAUAAUAAUUAGUUGUUGGGUGAUUUUAAGUCCCUAAUGUGUAUCCUAUUGGGUUUGUUCACGCAACAAACUUGCCUCUUUGUUUUUUUUUUUUUUGUUCAACUGUGAUACCUAUACCCCUAUUAUUUUUUUUUUAGUGUAAAUUUGUACGCUCAAAUGCUUAGUUUAGUUGUAGAUCCGCUACAAAUCAGUUUAAAAGCUUGUUCGCACAGCGAUCACAAACAGUCACAAAAUUUGUAAUUUCUGUGGGAACAGACCUUGAGUUGGUAUAAAAAUUAUCAAGAAAAUGUGUUUAAUUAUUACUAUUUCUCCUACCAAAUACUUGUUUUAUAUCAACGUAAAAAAAUCAGUAGUUUAAUCAAAACAAAUCCUAGUCAUUGAUUUUUUGACCAAUUGAAAUUUCGUUUUGGGUAAUAAUGACUGUGUGUAUACUCCCCUCUCUAUUUCUAUAUAGAUUUAUUUUUAAGUAGGCAUUUUGUAGUGUUUUCAAUAAGAAAACGCUAUCUGAUUAUCAUAGGGUUACUAUAAUCUUAAGAUUUUUGUACAAUCCAAAGAUUAAAACGUAAAACAAAAAAAAAAAAUUUUAGGGAUUUUUUUUUAAUUUGUACAGUUGGUUAUAUGUAUUAUUACUAUACUAGUAGUCAGUAAUGUAUUUAUUUAUUUUAAAUUGUAAUUUCCGCUUAUAUUAUGAUAUUAGGUUUGGGGUUUGUUUUUUUUUGGGGACAAACCUGUUUUUUGUAUAUUUUUUUUUUCUUAAUAGGAAUCGUAAUUUAUAUGCUCAUUUUGAUAUUUUGUACUCUAUUUACUUGAGAAUAAUAAUAUAUGUUCGCAUUUGACAGUUUUGUGUCUUAUUUUGGAGAAAUUUUAAAUCUAUGAGAGAAGACACUCAGAAAAAUUGAAAAUUGAUAUAUUUACCCUAAAUUAUAUAACACGAUUUUAUUUCAGUCCAAAUGAGAUAAAAUUUUCAGAGAUUGUGGUCCUCUACUGGAAUAAGAAUCGCUGAAAAUUUCAGCUUUCUAUCUAUAAUAGGAAAAAAGUUAUGAUCUUUCAAAGUUUUCCAAAAUCUAAAUCAUAAGGUAGGUACAGGGUAAUCUAUUAUAAAUGUAACCCCCUGCUAACUUUUUCAUUUGACGUUUUUGACAGAAGUGUCAAAUACAAAAGUUUCAAGAAAUUAUCAAAAGUUUUUAACUAAGUCAGUUUUAGGCAUACAGGGUGCGUCAAAAAAGUGCAGCAGUGUGAAGUUAUAUUUUUUUUUUAAAUGGAAUACCCUGUAUAUUGUGCGCCUAUUUGUUAGUCC